AUGCGAUCAAGACACGAAUCUUAUGAACAGUACCUUCUUACUGUGCUCGGCAACCCCAAUUUCAUCACUCUGGACCGCGGCGCACAGGAAUCCCGAGCGAACAGGCAGUACAAAGGCAUCGACUUCAUUGUUGCAAGGAAGACCGAAUCAUCGCUUUCUAUCUACUAUGUGCGGUGCACAGUUCGGCUCCCGCAGCAUCAUGACAUAGUUGAGUCGGAACUAUAUGGUGGAUGGGAGCAAUUGUUGGUAAAUGCAGCUGCAUUAGGGGUUUACCGCAGUCAGCUUGUGUUUUUGACCCCAAAUUCACCAGAGCAAGCAAAAGGGUUGACUCUUCCACGCAUAUUUGCCAGUUUCUUCAAAAGCAAGGCUCUGCACAUUCAGUUUGGCGAUAUCAAGGGAGAUCAUCAGCUGGUGCGUGCAAUUAAGGAUCGAUUUUAG